AUGGGACAGAAACUUUCUAAGGAAGCAGUUUUUAUUCAAGACCUAAAAAAUAGUCUUAGGGAAAGAGGUAUAAGAGUUAAAAAGAAAGAUCUUUUAAAAUUUUUUCUGUAUAUUGAUGGGGCAUGUCCCUGGUAUAUAAUUGAUGGUCCUACCAUCCAUCCAAAAAAGUGGCAAAAAGUGGGCCGAGAACUUAAUGAUAAAUUGAUCAGAGAAGGACCUGAUAGUGUCCCAGCCACUGUUUUUUCCUAUUGGGGACUUAUCAGAGAUAUUCUAGAGGCAGAUGAUGAUGAUCCUCAAAAAAGGCGCCUCCUUUCUGUUGCCGAGUUUUGUCUCCGGCCGCUUUCACCACCGGCCCCCAAGGCCCCCUCCAGAGCCUCGUCAGUUGUUAUUGAUAUGCCUUCAGAGGCUGCUUCAGAGGCUACUUCCUCAAAACAUUUGCCUCAACAAAUUUAUCCAUCCCUUAUUGCCCUCAGAGAAGAGCCUCUGGACCCAGGGGAUGCUGCCACCCUGGAGGAAGAGGCUGCCAGAUAUCAUGACCAAGAUUGGUCCUCACCCCCUCCCUAUCCUUUGCCACCAACCCUCACAGGCCCAGCUCUUCUUCCUUCUUUACGAGCACCCCUGUGUAAAGCCAAGGCGGAUCUUACAGCUAAGGUUGGAGAGCUAACAGAAGUCCUCAACCUGCAAAAACAGUGUCUUGAUCUUUCUAAACAGUUUGACAGUCUGCAGAUCUCCCUUAAAAAUACCUUUUUUCCCCAGACCUCAGAGAGUAAAAUAACAAAAAGCCGCCAGAGGCCCCCUAAUAAAUCAGGGCCGAAGGUGUUUCCUGUUCUCACUCGAGCUCGUGCAACAGCACUUGAGCAGAGGCCAGAGCCCUCAGCCCCUGAUACUACUGAGGCCCCUUCCGACCUUGACUAUGAUCCAGACACUGAUAAUCAGCCAUCUAGUGACAGUGAGGGUGAGGGAGCUGACCAAAGAGAUUAUAAAACUCUUCAGCCUGCAUUUAAGUCACUUAAAUUUAAACAUAUUAAAGAUCUUCAUAAUGCCAUUAAAAAUUAUGGUGCAAAUGCUCCCUUUACACUGUCUCUCCUUGAGAGCUUGUCAGGCAAUGGAUAUCUUUUACCAGGAGAGUGGAUUAAAGUGAUAAAAACAGUUGUCGACCGGCCUCAAUUUCUAAUUUGGAAGGCAGAGUUUUUAGAUCGGGCACAAAAUAUUGCCAGCCGCAACCAAAAAAAUCCCUUAGCCCCCACAGCUUCCUGGUCAGCUGAUAAGAUCUGCGGGCAGGGCAAAUAUGCUUCUGAAGAAAAACAGAAGGGCUUGUCACCUGGCAUCUUAGCUCAGACUGCUGAGGCCGCUUUAGGUGCUUGGAGAGUAAUGCCUCCUAAAGGAUCUGCCUUCUCUCCGCUCAGUAAAAUCACACAAGGCCACCAAGAACCCUUUGCAGUUUGUCGCAAGGAUUCAAGAAACUGUAGAGAGAAUGUUCGGGCCUGA